CUUCACGCUCAGCCGCAACGACCGAAUAACUGAGCUCGACGCCGACGAGGUUCACGCUCUUAGUCAAAGCAUGUAGCUAUUCUGCAAGGCAGAAGAAGAAGAAGAAGAAGAAGACGAAAACGCACCGAUAAAGGAUUACAAAGGGAUGCAGAACAUUUAAAUCUUUCAAAAUAUUUGCUCCACUGGGAUAGGGUCCAGACCCCCCGCGACCCCGACCAGGUUAGAAGAUGGAUGGAUGGAUGGUUAGACUUUAUUCAUUCUGUUUUCAGUAAAGGUUGAACUGGAGAUUACGAUUUUUUUGUUUCAGUUUUCAGCUGGGUGAAGAAACAUUACAGCUUAGCGGAGCUGCUUAAUUAGAAAAUAUACAAUGACCAUUGUGCGAAGCAGUCCGUCUGCAUCAGCACGAAGAAGACAUAUCUCUGGCUGUGGAUCAGAAAGAAAUAUAAAUGCACUGCUAUAACUUUCAAGAAAAAACUACGACUGCGCUUACACUGAUACUUUAUAUGCCAAUGCAAACGUUAGUCAAGUCUUGCAGGUCCUAUAGUAUAUGGGAUUUGAGUUUCUUUUGGAAAAUACAUUUCUCCAUCUGUGCUAAAAUACCAGCAUUAAUAAACGCUGCUUACGGAUAAUAAAUAAAAGGCUUGCAUGUAUUUUCCGGCGACAGCAACGUGACAAUGGAGAGCUGCGCUGACCUGUGGUGUGUGGCAGAAAUCAGACACGUUUAUGCGGGAUAACAUUGCCUGGCAAUUUACUGUAUGCGAUUUCACUGGUAUUUUGAUUCUUCUGCUGUUCGAGAAACUCGUCAAAGCGGUUCUUCCCUCUUCACAAAGCGGCCGUCCGAUUUAAUGAUCUGACAGCCUAAUCGGAACUGCGGCGAAGGACGGGCUAUCUGUAUAGGAAAGACUUCAGUUCCAUUUAAAACACUGGAACAAGGAGAAAACUUUAUGUGAAGUUUUACCCCAAUGACUUGUUUCACGGAGAACAACAUUUUCCUCUAAACUGGAAAAAGGAUUGUUGGAUCGCAGUUUAAAGUGCCCUUCGGUGUGAAAUAAUUGCAGCAAUCGGAAGGGAUCCGGGUAUCACGCCGAUUUACUCCUCAAGACUCUGUGUUUCGGGGUGCUAGAGAAGCGUGCUUUUUUUCUUUCCACCAGCGAAAUGGAGGAAUGGAGACAGUGCGGACGCUGGCUGAUAGACUGCAAGGUCUUGCCUCCUAAUCACCGGGUCGUGUGGCCAUCGGCGGCCGUGUUUGACCUUGCUCAGGCGCUUAGGGACGGAGUGCUUCUCUGUCAGGUGCUGCACAACCUUUCGCCGGGGUCCGUAGACCUAAAAGAAAUCAACUUCAGGCCCCAAAUGUCUCAGUUCUUAUGUCUGAAGAACAUCCGGACAUUCCUCAAAGUGUGCCAUGACAAGUUUGGACUGCGCAACAUUGAGCUCUUCGAACCUCUUGACCUUUUUGAUGUGCGGGAUUUUGGCAAGGUAAUCUCUUGCCUGUCCAGAAUCUCCCAUCACUCCAUUGCACACAUUAAAGGGAUCAGGCCCUUUCCAUCAGAGGACACUGCAGAAAACGAGGAGGAUGUGUACCGGAGCUUGGAGGAGCUGGCUGACGAGCACGAUGUUGGCGAGGAUGACAUCUAUGACUGUGUGCCCUAUGAGGAGGAUGAUAUUUAUGAGGACAUCAUCAAGGUGGAGGUUCGGCAGCCCAUGAAGAUGGGCAUGACAGAGGAAGACAAAAGGAACUGCUGCAUGAUUGAAAUUCAGGAGACAGAGGCGAAAUACUACAAGACGCUGGAGGACAUCGAGAAGAGUUAUAUGAUUCCCUUGAAGCAAGUGUUAAACCCGCAAGAUAUGGGAGCAAUUUUUCUUAAUCUUGAGGAGGUGAUCAAAGUCCAUUUCUCUCUGCUGAGAGCCAUUGACUUGAAUAUGAUGAGUGGAGGUAACGGCCUGGGCAAGAUCUUCCUGGACUUCAAGGAGCGACUGUUGAUUUACGGCCAAUACUGCAGCCAUGUUGAGUCCGCCCAAAAGACACUGGAUGACCUGAUCACCACAAGAGAGGAUGUCAAGAUGAAAUUAGAGGAAUGUACCAUGAAAGUCCAGGAAGGAAAAUUCAAACUGCAGGACCUGCUAGUGGUGCCCAUGCAGAGGGUUUUGAAAUAUCACCUCCUCCUCAAGGAGCUGGUGAGCCACUCGACGGACCAGCCUGAGCAGCAGCAGCUGAAGGAGGCCCUGGAAGCUAUGCAGGAUCUGGCCAUGUAUAUCAAUGAAGUGAAACGGGACAAUGAAACCUUGAAAAAAAUUAGUGAGUUUCAGAACUCAAUUGAAAACCUGCAAGUGAAGCUCGAGGAAUAUGGGAGGCCGAAGAUAGAUGGAGAAUUGAAAGUGUGCUCCAUAGUAAACCGUACCAAGCAGGACAGGUACAUAUUUCUGUUUGACAAAGUGGUGAUUGUCUGCAAGCAAAGAGGAUUCAACUAUGAGCUAAAGGAAACCAUAGAGCUGCAGUCUUACAAAAUGUCCGACGACCCCAUGAACAACAGGGAUGUAAAGAAGUCAAGUGGAAAAAGGUGGUCCUAUGGCUUCUACCUGAUCCACCUACAGGGAAAGCAAGGCUUCCAGUUCUUCUGCAAAACAGAGGACACUAAGAGGAAGUGGAUGGAGCAGUUUGAGAUGGCAAUGUCGAACAUAAAGCCGGAGCGAGCCUCAGCCAAUCACCACAACUUUCAGAUGCACACCUUCGAGAAGAACACCAACUGCAGGGCCUGUAAGAUGCUGCUGAGAGGGAUUUUCUACCAGGGGUACUAUUGUGCCAAGUGUGGCAUAGGAGCUCACAAGGAGUGUCUGGAGGUCGUCUCCAUCUGUAAGAUAAGUCCUCAUGAUUCGGAGCCUGGACCACUGGCAUCUGGUCCCAAGAUGAUGGCAGUUCGGAAUUACCAUGGGACCCCUGCUCCACCCGGCAAGCCUGCACUGGGCUUUCAGACAGGGGACAUUAUUGAGCUGCUGAAGGGUGACCCAGACACCUCAUGGUGGGAGGGGAAGCUAGUCCAGGGCCAGAAGACUGGUUUCUUUCCCAGUUCAUGUGUAAAACCCUGUUUAGAUCCAAAGCCUUUUCAGUCCAUUCCCAGCAGACAGUCAUCAAGGGACCCUGAUUAUUGCGUAUACCCCUGGUUUGCAGGGAACAUGGAGAGACAGCAGGCUGACAAUCUGCUCAAGUCCCACACCAGUGGGACCUACCUGAUCCGGGAGAGGACGGCUGAGGCAGAGAGAUUUGCAAUUAGCAUCAAGUUUAAUGAGGAGGUCAAACAUAUAAAAGUUGUGGAGAAGGACAACUGGAUCCACAUUACAGAAGCAAAGAAGUUCGAAAGCCUCCUGGAACUAGUGGAAUACUACCAGAUGCAUUCUUUGAAAGAGAGCUUUAAGCAACUGGACACAACGCUGCGAUACCCGUACAAGUCGCGUGAGCGCUCCACCCCCCGCACCAGCACCCGCUCCCCAGCCUCCUGUGCUUCCUACAACUUCUCUUUCCUUAGUCCUCAAGGCCUUCACUUCUCCUCCUCACAGACAUCUGCCCCCUUCUGGUCAGUUUUCACGCCCAGGGUAGUUGGCACAGCAGUUGCCAGGUACAACUUUGCAGCCCGCGACAUGAGAGAGUUGUCCCUUAGGGAGGGUGACAUCGUCAAGAUCUACAGCAAAAUCGGUGGUGACCAGGGUUGGUGGAAAGGCGAGGCCAAUGGCAGGGUUGGCUGGUUCCCCUCCACUUAUGUGGAUGAAGAAGGAGUACAGUGAUUGGACAAAGCAAUCAUGGCAUCUGCUUAUGAGGGCAUCUGCUUAUGUGGGGACACCUUUUUGCUUUUGUAUAAAGAAGACUUUUAAGAGGAUUCCGGCAACAUCCGCGCGAUGCUUCUUUGGCAAGAAAAUCUGAUCCAUUUUGUCGUCUAAAUUUCAAUGCUGAAAGACAUUUUCCUUUUAAUAGGAAAACCUACAACAGAAAAUUAUAUGUUACUGUACAAAAUCCUGGAGGAAACACAGAUGUCUGAAAAGACAGCUUGUGAAUAAUUUUUGACAAUUAAAAAAGGAUUACUAUUGAUGUUUAAUAAGACAAUGAUGCCUUGAUGGCCGGGAGAGGGAAGGCAGCAGUGUGAGUGUGCAGCUCUCUCUUCACCUUGCACAAGUUGCCCUUCUCUCACACACAGUGCCUUGGAAGGGUGACUGGCAUUCCAAAACCACCUCGCGUCCGUCACCUCCCACUACCGUUACAUGGCGGGAUCACAUCCCAGGAUCUACCAUUUAGGGAAUUCAAAGAGCCAUGGAUGAAGGUGGCCACUCUCUUCAGUCUUUGUACACUAGGACAGCUGUAAACCUCAGCCUGACCUGGAAAUGUCUGUCAAAUGGGAAAUAAACUGCACAGAACAGCAAGCUGACAACAAAAUACAUCUUAAGUACUGUUAAUACUUUACCUGAGACAAAAUUAACAAUUCUCUCUGAAAGAGAUUAUAUAUAUAUAUGAAAGAAUAACUUAUUUCAGCCUGUGCACUGUUAUGAAUAAAAAUGUUGGUAUUUUUGUACAUUUAAUUUUAAUGAUCGAGGCCAAAUGUUUCUAUCUGAUAAUGUUAAGUAAAUGUUUUUUAAUUCCCUUGUGUGAACAUUUCAGUGUUCUGGUUUUGCCUAAGUGCAAGUCAGCAUCUGGUGCCGAAUUUGUUAUUGAUGUUGAGACCUUCAAUGGCGAUUUAGUACCACAUGGAACCAAAUCCUUAAUAUUAAAUGUGCUCUAGAAACAAG